CCCAUUCAACGGAGGCGAAGGGGGUCUCCUGACAUUCGCUUCGUCGUCUCCUCCCAUCCCAAUUCCCAACAGGAGAGGAAACAAAUCCAAUCUCGCGGCCAGCUGGCCGGCGAUCGUGAAUCCGGCGAGAGCGGCGCCAUGGCGAGCAACAGGGCCGGCGGUGGCGGCGGCGGCUACGAGAGCGGCAGCGACCACGACGGCGCGCUGCAGAAGCCGCUGCUGCCCAACAGCGGGAGCUGGUACCGGAUGGGGAUGGGGUCGCGCCAGUCCAGCCUCAACGCCGGCACCUCCUCCAUGGCCGUCCUGCGCGAGUCCCACGUCUCCGCCUUGCUCUGCACGCUCAUCGUCGCGCUCGGCCCCAUUCAGUUCGGCUUCACCGGCGGCUACUCGUCCCCGACGCAGGACGGCAUCAUCCGGGACCUCAACCUCUCCAUCUCCGAGUUCUCGGUGUUCGGCUCGCUGUCCAAUGUGGGCGCCAUGGUCGGAGCCAUCGCCAGCGGGCAGAUGGCUGAGUACGUUGGCCGUAAAGGGUCAUUGAUGAUUGCAGCGAUUCCAAACAUCAUUGGUUGGCUUGCAAUCUCCUUUGCAAAAGACUCUUCAUUUCUGUAUAUGGGACGAUUGCUUGAAGGAUUUGGUGUCGGUAUCAUUUCCUAUGUGGUACCAGUAUACAUUGCAGAAAUAUCUCCUCAGAACAUGAGAGGAGCUCUUGGCUCCGUGAACCAGUUGUCUGUAACCCUUGGUAUCAUGUUUGCCUAUUUGCUCGGCAUGUUUGUUCCUUGGAGGCUUCUUGCAGUAAUAGGAACCUUGCCCUGCAUAGUGUUGAUACCUGGCCUAUUCUUCAUUCCAGAAUCUCCAAGAUGGCUGGCAAAGAUGAAUAUGAUGGACGAUUGCGAAACUUCUCUACAAGUUCUGAGGGGAUUUGAUGCUGAUAUCACUGCAGAAGUUAAUGAUAUAAAGAGAGCGGUAACAUCAGCAAACAAAAGGACUACAAUCCGUUUUCAAGAGUUGAACCAAAAGAAAUUCCGCACACCCCUAAUUCUAGGAAUUGGCCUACUUGUGCUGCAACAACUAAGUGGAGUAAACGGCAUACUUUUUUAUGCAAGUAGCAUCUUCAAAGCUGCAGGGCUCAAGAACAGUGAUCUGGACACAUUUGCACUUGGAGCUAUCCAGGUUCUUGCCACUGGUGUUACAACCACGUUCUUGGACAGAGCUGGCCGACGAAUCCUCCUUAUUAUUUCUGCUGCUGGGAUGACUCUAAGCCUUCUUGCAGUUGCUGUUGUAUUUUUCAUCAAGGAUAAUAUUCCACAUGACUCUGACUUGUAUAACAUCUUAAGUAUGGUGUCCUUGGUUGGUCUCGUGGCUUAUAUUGUCGCCUUCUCCUUUGGUAUGGGUGCGAUUCCAUGGAUCAUAAUGUCUGAGAUCCUCCCAGUUAGCAUCAAGAGUCUCGCAGGAAGCUUUGCGACACUGGCCAACUGGUUGACAUCCUUUGGAAUAACAAUGACAGCGAAUUUGCUGCUCAGCUGGAGUGCUGGAGGUACGUUUUCCGCCUACUUGAUUGUGAGUGCUUUCACUCUUGUGUUCGUCAUCCUUUGGGUGCCAGAGACAAAGGGAAGAACCCUCGAGGAGAUACAAUGGUCGUUCCGCUGAGCUCCAGCAUUCAUCAAAGUAUGCAAUGGUUCUUCGAGUUUUUUCUCACUUUAGAUGGCAAGAAUUGGUUCACAUAAUCAGUGUUCUUGGCUAUUCUUCCGCAACUCAAAUCACUGGAUAAAGGCCAUGCAUUGUUUCUGUUCAUACUUUGUUUUGUACAUGAGAUUUUACAGUGUUGUUUUAACUUUUCCCAAAUAGACAUGUAAAUGCUUGUGCAGUGAAUCUUGUAUUGCUUUCGUUUCUGUUUUCACCUCAGACAUUGUACGAUCAACAAAAGUUGUCAAAAUAAAAUGCAAAUCUUGGUUCCCGAAUACAAUGUAAA